UGCUCCGUCACAAUGGAAGAUAAAGAACGUGCAAAAAUUUACUCAAAAACACAAAAAAGCCAUCCAAAAGAGCGAACAAACUUCAUAUUCCAUUUCUUAUUUUGUUGGGAACUCCCGAUUGUAAUCAAAGGAUGGAAAAAGGACUUGAGCGAAGACGACCUCUACAGUCCUUUGAAAGACAUCGACUCGAAGAUGUUGGGCGAUAAAUUGGAACAGUUUUGGUUCGAGGAGGAGAAUUUCCAGAAGAAACCAUCACUGGCAAGGGCUAUUAGACGAUUAUUUGGGUGGGAAAUCGCCAAAUUUGGGAUUUUGUAUUUCCCAGUUGAUUUAGCUGUGGUUUUAUGCCAACCACAUUUCUUGAUCAAACUCCUGAAUUACUACACCCCAAAACAAACAAACACAACCCUGAAAGAGGCACUUUUGUACGCUUCAGCAAUCGUUUUAUUAUCACUCCUCCGCGUCCUUUUUUUCCAUUAUUUCGUCAUGUCUUUGUCAUUUAUUGGCCUCAAGGCCCGAAUCGCUUGCUCAUCCCUAAUCUACCGCAAAUCCCUCACAUUAAAGAAAACAACUUUUCAAAAAAUCACAACAGGACAAAUUGUUAAUUUAUUAUCAAACGAUGUCUACAGGCUUGACUACGUCUUCGCUUACAUGCAUUUUAUUUGGAUCAGUCCACUUGAAACAAUCCUUGCAGGACUUUACCUCGAUUAUGCUUUAGGUCACACAGCUUUAGCUGGAAUUGCUGUUAUUGUCUUCUGUCUUCUAUUGCAAGCCUAUAUGUCACGACAAAUCUCAAUUUGUCGCAAAAACGUCGCCGUUAAAACCGACUACAGGAUUCGACUCAUGAACGACAUUGUCUCCGGGAUUCAAGCCAUCAAAAUGUUCACGUGGGAAAACUCAUUCGCGAGACUCAUCGAAGCGGCGAGAAAGAUUGAGUUGUCAAAAGUGCGAAAAUCGCUCCAAUAUCGCGUGGUGAACAACAGUCUGCGUCUCCUUUUCACCAAAAUCGCCGUCUAUUUGUGUCUCUUGAUCAUGUUUUUGACUGGGCGUGCCCUCACAUCACAGUUUGUCUUCGGUUUGAUCAACAUUUACGAAUAUUUGAAGAUUUCAACAAUUAUUUUAAUGCCAUUGGGAGUAACACUUCUCUCCGAAGCAAGAAUUUCGAUUUUGCGAAUCCAGAACUUUCUUUUGACCGAAUUUGACAAAACCCCCCGCAAACAAAUCUCCCCAAUCCACUUGAUCAAGUCGCAAACUGACCUUGAGAAAACCUUCAUUGGCGUCCGUCUAAUCAAUGCGAGCUAUAGUUGGAAUCCAAAUUACGAGCUCUUGAAAAAUGUUAAUUUUGUUGCGACUUGUGGCGAAGUAAUCGGUGUGAUUGGCAGUGCCGGUUGUGGGAAAACCACAUUUCUGAAUUUGAUUUUACGCGAAUUGGACCUCCAAAAGGGCAGUAUUGACGUGACCGGAGUCGUGUCGUAUGCCUCUCAAGACCCGUGGAUUUUUCCGGGAAGUAUCAAACAAAACAUACUUUUCGGCGAGGAAAUGGACCCGGAAAAGUACCAAAAGGUCAUCAGGGUGUGUGCCCUCGAACGCGACUUUUCCCUUUUUCCCUUCGGUGACAACACUUCGGUGGGUGAACGAGGAGUGAUGCUGAGUGGGGGCCAAAAAGCGCGGAUAAAUCUAGCCCGAGCUGUGUACCGAAACGCCCAAAUUUACCUCCUCGACGACCCCUUAUCAGCAGUGGACUCACACGUGGCCUCUGUUAUCUACAACGACUGCAUUUUGGGGUACUUGAGCCACAAAUGCGUGAUUUUAGUCACACACCAAGUCCACUUUCUCACAAACGCAUCGAAAAUCUACUUGAUUCGUGACAAAACCUUGCAAGACAUUGGGAACAAAAUUGAGACAAUUGGGAGAAAUGACACUCCGGGGGUGGGAGAAACCACGAUGAAAACCUACGAUUUGCCCCUUGAAAUUAAAGAACACCGGACUUCGGGCACUACAACAACCCGGAUUUACCGGAGUUACACCAAAGCCGCCGGUAGUAUCCUCAAAAGUGUCAUAAUCCUAAUUUUGUUAAUCCUGAGUCAAGCUUUUGCCAACACAGUUGAGUAUUUCGUGGCAUUUCUUGUAAAUAUGGCCCAGGAAAAGAGUUUUCACGCAGAAUUGCGUAAAUUUUUCACGAGAAAUAACAGUUUGUAUGUUUACACAGCUCUAGUUGUGGUUUUUGUGACCAUGACAUACACAGCUUUGACUUGUUUGACUCGAUAUUGCCUAAAAGCAGCGAGAAAUUUGCACAAUGCCAUGCUAAGAAAUGUGGUCCAUGGACCCAUGGAGUUUUUCAACCAUCACACAUCUGGGAGGAUUAUUAAUCGGUUUUCCAAAGAUAUGGGCUGCGUGGAUGAACAAAUCCCGCUAAAUUUAAUCCUAGGAGUCACAAUGGCCUUACUAUUGUUAGGGAUCACCAUCACCAUCUCGAUUUUGAACUACUGGAUGAUAAUCCCAACCAUAAUCCUUGUGAUCAUCAUCAGCUUCUAUGGGAUUAUCUUCCAGCCAACUAAUAAUAACGUCAAAAGGACGGAAUCGAUUACAAAAAGUUCAGUUUUUACGCACACAAUGGCCUCGCUUCAAGGUUUAACCACAAUUCGGGCUUUUGGAGGCGAAAAAAUCCUCAAGAAAGAAUUCGACAAUCAUUUGAAUUUGUACAGUUCAGCCUUCUACAUGUUGACGGCAAUGUACUCAACUUUGACCUUUUGGACUGACUUUACAUGUGUCCUCUACACCGGUUUAGUAAUCUUCAGUUUUUUUGCGUUUGGUUCUAAAAUGUGGGUUGGCUACAUUGGUUUGGCCAUAACCCAGUCGACCUCCCUGGUGGGUCUCAUCCAAUAUGGUACCAAAACCUGGAGCGAAUUGGACUCCCAAAUGACGUCAGUGGAGCGCGUGGUCGAGUAUGCGGAGCUGGAACCCGAGAAAGACGAUGGUACUGCUGUCCCAUCGGACAUGUGGCCCAACAAUGGGCGAAUUCUCUUCGAUGGGGUAACCAUGAAGUACCCUCUAAGUAAUACAACGGUGCUCAAAAACGUGACAUUUAAUAUAAAUUCGGGUGAGAAAAUUGGGAUUGUUGGUCGAACCGGAGCCGGGAAAAGUAGCCUAAUUUCGGUACUUUUCCGCCUCUUCCAUUUUGAUGGUACAGUUUUGAUUGAUGGUGUUGACACGAAAAGUCUCCCAUUGGCAGUCUUGAGGUCCAAAAUCGCGAUAAUUCCCCAAGAUCCGGUGCUUUUUUUGGGUUCUUUGCGCCAGAAUUUGGACCCUUUUGACCAAUUCCUUGACACUCAAUUAUGGGCAUCUCUUGAAGAUGUUGAACUCAAAGAAAUGGUUUCGUCGUGGCCUCAAGGUCUUGAAACUGUAAUUCUAGAAGGCGGGGCUAAUGUUAGUGUGGGUCAGAGACAACUUUUAUGUCUAGUUAGGGCCAUUUUGCGCAAUUCCAAAAUCAUAGUUUUGGAUGAAGCGACCGCAAAUGUCGAUUUGAAGACCGAUGAAGUGAUUCAGAAAGUUGUGAGGAGGAAAUUCCGGAAUUGUACGGUUUUGACCAUUGCCCAUCGUUUGAAUACCAUCAUGGAUUCGGACAAGAUUCUUGUGAUGGAUGCUGGGACGGUGGCGGAGUUUGGGCCACCUGGACAGCUUUUGCAAGAUGUAAAUGGGUUGUUUUAUGGGUUUGUCAAAACAAGUGGGAAAUAAUUUAUUUCAUUGAAUAAAAAUUUUAUACAA